AUUGACGAAGGACUUCACUAUACCUGGAGUUGUGAGAAUUAACACUGGUCAACAUGGAAAGAAAAAUCCUCUGUUGGAUAUUUUUAUUUGGAUAUUUUUAUGUUGCUAUUGGACAAGGUUCAUCUACAACAAGUGCCACCAGCCCAACUCCAUUUUCAAGUGUAACCACCACAACUCCAGUUUCAACCACUACACCUGCUGCCACCUCAACUACAAUUUCAACCACGACAACUACAAGCCCCAACAAUCCAGUUUCAACUACCACAUCCCUCAUUUCAACAGCCACAACUGCAGCCCCUACCUCUCCAGUAACAGGAACCAACACUGCAUCUCCAACAACUACAACGCCAACAACUGCAACUCAUACAACUGCAGGUCAUACGAGUGAAGCUCCUACAGCUGCCCCCAUGACUGUAGCCCCCACAACUGCUGCUCCUACAACUGUAGCAGCCACAGCUGCAGCUCAUACAACUGAGGGUAUUACCAGUUUAGCCUCCACAACUGCGGGCCCCACAUCUCCAACCCCUACAACUGAAGGCCAUAUAACUGCAGCUCGCACAAUUGCAGCCCCCACAACUCCACCUACUACAAUUGGAACCACAAUAACUGAAGUCGUAACAACUCCAACCCUCACAACUGUAGCACCCACAGCUGUAGCUCCCACAACGAUAGCCCCUACAACUGUAACCACUACAACUGAAGUCGCAACAACUGCAACCCCCAUAACUACAGUCUCAACAACUGCAGCCUCCACAAUUGCAACUCCUACGACUGCAGCUUCUACAACUGCAACCACUACAACUGAAGUCGCAACAACUUCAGCCCCAACAACUCAAACCGCUUCAACAGAAGCCCCCACAACCGCGGCCCAUACAACUGCAGCUAUAACAACGGCAGCAACUGCCACUGUAGCUGCAACAACUGCAACUCCCACAACUGUAGCCCCCACAACUGUAACAGCUACAACUGCACCCUCCACAACUGGAGAGUCUAUGACUGCAGCCUCCACAACUCCAGCCUCCACAACUGCAACCACCACAACUGAAGUCGCAACAACUGCAGCUCCUACAAGUGCAACCCCCACAACUCUAGCCCCCACUACUGUUACAACGGCAACUGCACCCUCCACAACUGGAGAGCCCACGACUGCAGCAACUCCAGCCUCCACAACUGCAACCACCACAACUAAAGUCGCAACAACUGCAGCUCCUACAACUGCAACCCCCACAACUGCAACCCCCACAACUGUAGCCCCCACUAUUGUAACAAGUACAACUGCACCCUCCACAACUCAAGAGCAUACGACUGCAGCCUCCAAAACUGCAACCACCACAACUGAAGUCGCAACAACUGCAACCCCCACACCUGUAGCCCCCAAAACUGUAACAACUACAACUGCAGCCUCCACAACUUCCGCUCCUACGAGUGCAGCCUCCACAACUGCAGCUCCUAUGAGCGCAGCCUCCACAACUGCAGCCUCCACAACUGCAGCUCCUAUGAGCGCAGCCUCCACAACUGCAGCCUCCACAACUGCAACUCCUAAGACUGCAGCUUCUACAACUGCAACCACCACAACUGAAGUCGCAACAACUGCAGCCCCAACAACUCAAACCGCUUCAACAGAAGCCCCCACAACCGCGGCCCAUACAACUGCAGCUACAACAACGGCAGGCCCUACCACUGUAGCUGCUACAACUGGGUUCCCUACAACUGUGGACCCCACGACUGCAUCAACAACAACUGCAUUUCAUACUACUGCAGCCCCCACAACGGUAAUAACUACAACUGCAGCCUCCACAACUGGAGAACCUACGACUACAGCCUCCACAACUUCAGCCUCCACAACUGCAACCACCACAACUGAAGUCGCAACAACUGCAGCUCCUACAACUGCAACCCCCACAACUGUAGCCCCCACAACUGUAACAACUGCAACAGCACCCUCCACAACUGGAGAGCCUAUGACUGCAGCCGCCACAACUCCAGCCUCCACAACUGCAACCACCACAACUGAAGUAACAACAACUGCAGCUCCUACAAGUGCAACCCCCACAACUCUAGCCCCCACAACUGUAACAACUACAACUGCAGCCCUCCACAACUGGACAGCCCACGACUGCAGCAACUCCAGUUUCCACAACUGCAACAACCACAACUGAAGUCGCAACAACUGCAGCUCCUACAACUGCAACCCCCACAACUGUAGCCCCCACUAUUGUAACAAGUAUAACUGCACCGUCCACAACUCGAGAGCCUACGACUGCAGCCUCCACAACCGCGGCCCAUACAACUGCAGCUAUAACAACGGCAGCAACUGCCACUGUAGCUGCAACAACUGCAACUCCCACAACUGUAGCCCCCACAACUGUAAC